CUCCCUUCUUUCCUCCCUCCCUCCCUCCCUUCUUUCCUCCCUCCGUCCUUCACGCUGCCUCACCCUGUGGUUUAGCCACUCGAGGCCCGAAGAUGAAGGACUUUGUGGCCGUCUGUGCGGACGUGUAAGAGUCAAAAGCUGUGAGGGUGCCGAUGCUGCUGGUGUGUGAGCUUUUUCAAUCAGAAAUAAUAAAACCCAGAGUCUUGUGUCCUCGAGCAGAAUGAAGCUUUAAACAUUUAAGUUCAAAGAUUGCAAUUACAAAGAGCCUCUUAAUUUCCCCUGCAUUGUGCAAUGUCAGCUGGUGGCUGCGACAGUUUAGGCUACAGAUUUCCAAACUGGAUGCUGAGAAAUCUUUGGAUAAUUCUGAAGAGUCCCUGAAGGUUAAAUUGAUCUCACAAGCAAAUGGAGAUUUUUCCAAGGAGUGGAAAGCCCCAGGAGCGCUGACCUCGCCUCUGGAGCCGGGCCUGCUGGGAUGUCACCAGCAGUAACACUCUGCUUCUCCUAAUAGCAGGGCAGGAGAGCACUGAUCACAGGGUACAAGGACAGGAAGCUUUUGCUGUUAAACAUACCUUUUUGGCAUCCUGAAAGCUUUGUCAUGUCUGCAGACAGAAAGGAAAAAAGAUGUGUUCAUUUAUUAUUUUCCUGGGAAGCCCAGUGCUGCGCUGAUCCCUGAGCAGGUUAACCCUUACACAGCUGUAAGCACCAAGGCUGCACUGCUUAUUUCAAGACCUGUCUGAAUGGCUAAGGAGUACUCAGACAAUCAAAGAAAAUGGCUCCAGUGACAGCUUGGCCCCCACUGAAUGUGCAAGGUCUAAACCUGUGCUGAACGGUGUGAGAGUUGCUGAAGGAUGAGACCCCCAGGCACAGCAGCCUCUGGCUGAGGACAUCAGAGCUGGCUGAUGAGCAGUGACUGCCCUGUCAGUGCUCCCAGGAGCAGUAGGACAACUUUAUAAACCUAAAUAUUGUGUAGUCUUAUUCCAAGAAGAGAACCAAUUACAAGCUCAUUCUGUUUGCCAACCAGAAUCUGGACCAGACAUAAUAACAGUGAGGCAAAAGAAAUCUCUGAACUGCUUCCAGUGGACACCCCAGGAAUUAUUACCUAAGCAACUAACCUUUUAAGUGGACAGUAUAUGAUGCCUCUGAGCCUCGUGCAGGCUGGUCCUUCCCUUGUGCUCCCAAUCAGCUGCACAACUUGACCCUCUGCACAAGAAAAGCCAGUCUCCCUGCUGAGCCCAGUCAGAAUCCAUGCAGCAUCCGUGUGAAGUGGCGCCGCUGGAGCCCACGGAGAUUCUUCAGUCCUGCUCAAACCCUGGAGCCAAGGAUACUGCUGUGGAUGAUGCUGUGUUAAGGAAGAAAGAGCAGAAAGAUGUUGAACUUGAUAAGAAAAUCUUGGCUUUGCGGAAAAAAAAUGAAGCGCUGAUACGAAGGUACCAGGAAAUAGAAGAGGACAAAAAGCGAGCGGAACAGGGGGGAAUGGCUGUUACCUCCAGGAGGCCCAAGCAGGAUGGACUUACUAUUACCAUCACCAAAGCUCACAAUGACCUGAAAGAUGCAAUUACCCAGACUGAACACUAUGGACAAGAUAGCCCAGCCCUCUCAAUGGACAAAAGGGUGGUGAGUGAGAAAUGGGGAAGCCCCUGUCCUACAAGCCCUGCAUUUGGCAUUGGCAGUGAGGAAGAGGAGGAGGAGGAGGAAGCAGAUCAUAUGUUCACAUUCAGGAUGGGGAAGAGGAUGCAGCUGGCUGUUACCAUGGACAACAAAGCAAAGGGCAAGAGGAUUGUCAGUGAGAAACGCGCCGAGAGCUUCCCUGGCCCGGGCCGAGUGCCGGACCUGAGCGAGGAGGAGAUGGACCAUUUGGUGGCUUUCCGACGGGGAAGGAGGAUGCAGAUUGCCAUCACCAUGGAUAACAAGGAAAAGGGAGAAGAGCGGAGAACAGCAGAGAAGAGGAGAUCAGACAGUGAGAGAGGCCCAGAAAGUGAGCACAGCCGGAAGGAUGGUGGGAAGCCAGUCCAGAAGAGCCCUGGAGACCUGAGUUUCCCCAUGACUGGCCGGGAGCGCUCAGAGUACAUCCGCUGGAAGAGGGAGCGAGACCAGAUUGACCUGGAGCGCCUGGCACGUCACAAGAAUGCCAAGGGCGAGUGGCGACGGGCUUGGGAUGUGGAGAAAUCAGAGCACAUGUUUGAAGAGGACUUUGUUAAGGAUGGGGAGCCAGCCUUGGAUAAUCCCAGCAGUAAGAAAGGGGGAAGGAAUGCAAGGAAAUUCCAGCACAGGUCUUUUCCUGCAGACGGGAGAGGUGGAGGACAUCAUGGAGUGAACGUGAGCGACCUUGGUCCGAAAGCAGUGCCUGCUGUGAGCAGCCGAGCCAAGGGGAAGGACAGACUGACAGGCAGAGCCAGAAGAUGGGAUGCAAAAGAAGGCGAGGACAUGUCUCUUGUGAAGGAUGACCUUGAUGGCCAGAGGAGCCUUGGUACGGACAGGCGGAAGAGCAGAGGUGACGAGGGGGUGGAAGAGAACUGCACAGCUGAGCUGGAGGAAAAGGGGAAACAGCCAAGCCUCCAGAAUCACGGGGCCUCCUCCUCACAGCAGCUGCAAAGUGGGAAGGUCCAGCCUGCCCAGAAUGGCCAGAAGGAGGAGUGGAGGGGAGUGAGGGGCUGCAGCACAGAGGUAUCUGUGGCCAGCGCCGGGAACUCCGAGCCAGGGCCCAAGCCAAGCAAGGAAAGUCUUGGGGAAGAUGCCAGUGGGAAGCCUGGCACUGCUGACAUGUCCCUGGAGAAGGAGAGCACUGACAGCACUGCUUCAGAGAGCAGCCUUCAGAGCACUGUGCAAGGCACUAGGCCUGGCAGCGAGGAGACCUUGUCACUGCCCGUGGGAGUGAAUGUAGAUGGAGCUGGGUUGGAGAAACAGCCAGCUUCAGAACAGGAGCCCUCUGAGAACUCUUCCAGCAGCCAUGGAGGAAAGCUCGACACAGGAGCAGGAGACAGACUGGAUGCAGACCAAGGACAGCUGGUGAGCAAAGGAGGGGAAGAAGUGACCCAAAACACUGCUCUUGAGGGACAGGCACUUGCACUACAAGAAAGUGAAGAUGCUGAAGGCACUGAACACCAUAAGCCUUCACCCCCAGGGAAAGCCAGCUCUGACAAGGCUGUUGUGCCUGAGCAGGACACGGCAAAAUCCCAGUCUGGGGAAGGGGACCAACCUGAAGACUGCAAGGACAAGGACAGUGGGGACACUCAUAACUAGCAGAUUGCACCAGCUUGCCUGAGACAUAAGAGGCAGCAGCUCUUUUCCAUACGUAGGCACUGGAGGCAAUGAGCUGCUCAGAGCCAGGUAGGCAGAUCCCCCCACCAAGUGCCUUUCCCAGAUUCCAGAAGCUUUUCUGCAGAACCUACUCAGCAAUGUAUCCCCCGGUGUUGCUCAGUAUUCCUCCCAGAGGUACAAAUGAGCUUAGGGAUGAAAUGGCUAAGCUGCUAACAAAGACUUUCCCUAUAAUCCAAUCCAUAUAAAAGGCAGGGAGAAGUGCAAGCGUCAUAGUGAUUUCAAAAAGACAAAACAUCAGGAACCAGCAGGAGCUGGUUCUAUGUUUGAACUAAAAUUCCUUCAAGUGAGGGAAAUUAAUUCCAACAGCAUUUAGAAUACUGUUAUGAAAUACCUGGAUGGACAUAGUGGGAGAUUACUGUCCAGCCACGCCUCUCCAAUCUACCAAAAUUCCCACCAAAUUAGAGGAUGAAGGAAUUAAUGAAUACUUUGCUUACUCAGGGUAACUUUAAUUAGACAUCAACUAAGAGCAAAGAAUAAAUUAGAGUAGUCCAUUUUUAUCUCAGUGAUGGAGAUUCCCAUGGUUUGGUAAUAGGGCCCUGAGUCCACGUCAGAGCUCAGCAGGUAUAUGUAACAGCUGGAAACAUCUGUACUCAGUGAUAAUGAUGCACUGACCCCCUGCCAUGCUAGUGGGACCCAUGUCCCACUCACAUUAAAUGCAGAUCUCACAUCCCUUCCUGCACAACUGCAGCCCUGUGCACGUGGGUUUCACAGCUCCCCCUCCCAACAUCUAUUUAUGGUACUAAAAAUCUCCAGCACCUUCAAAUCAGUGGGAGAUGCUGUGCAGAGAGUGUGGUGGGGCUUUCAUCCUUCGCUUCAAAUAACAAGGAAUAAAUAUUUACUCGAAAUGCAGGACUGGAAUCCCUGGAGAAUGUCCAACAAGUCCCAGAGAAGCAAACGAUACACAAAAACCACAGAAGCUUUUCCCUGAAUUCUCUUGAGAAAAUUAAUCUUAACAUCUUUAGAGAAAAUGCAGCUGGGGGUAGAUUUCCAGAGCAGCUCCAGGGAUCUGACCUUGCAGCACUGGCUGACGUAAACAGGAGUGGGGCAGGCAGGGCUUGAGUGCUGCAGGACGGAGCAGGUCAGCAGAGGUCGGCUCUGAUGCAAACCAGUGCCCAAGGUUGGUGCAGGAAACAGCACAAGCAAAAACCAGCACUUCCCAAAACAGUUGCAGAGCUGCAGAAGAACAACGAGCUUCCUUGAGGUUCAGGAGACAGGAAGAUACCAUCUGCUGGUAUGUCUGGGGAGUUGGCCUAGGAUUGGCAGGGUCAAGGGCUUGGCUUGAAUAGUACUGGCUUUCCUGGUCCUUCCUGCAGCCCACACCACCCUCUGGAGCCCAUCCUCAUGCCAUGGGCAUUUUAAAUUCCCAGAGCACCUCUGAGUACCACCCUAAGUACCCCCUAAGUGGAGAGCUUAGUCUUUACGCAGAGUCAGGGAGUGGGACUUGACAUAGUUGUCUCCAUAUCUCUGGAGUGAUGGCACAACAUGGGAGGACAGUGUUAACGCUGGAAAGUACAGGGAUUCUGUGAGAAUGGUGCAAGAGACUAAGGACACACAGGGAAGGCUCCAGGGCUGUUGAGAGAAUGUUGUUUAGUCUAGAAAAAUGAAGGCAGAAAGCAUGGAAUUGUGAUCUCUGUAAAUAUGUGGGUAGUGAACACCAGCAAAGGUGAAGAAAUAUCCAAGCCAGAACACAAUGCUGGGGCAGGGUCCAAUGUAUUGGAGAAGCCCAGGAAUAAAUAUGGGAAAAUUAGGAAACGGUGGGUACCUGUCAGAGCACUUGGAAGCUUGCCAUGGCUGAAUCCCGAGGGCCACUUAUUGGAGCUUAAUAUGUCUAAACACAACUCAGGGCUCUGAUGGGUGAGCUGCUGCCAUUCCAAACACCGGGAAUGGAGCUGCUCUCAUAUCCCACAGUUGUUCCUGCUAUCCCAGACCUUCAUCAGCUAUGUUCAGCUGCAGCUUCAGGGAGUUCUGCACAUCCCUCCAUCACAUGGAACCUGACCAGUAGGUCCCACAAGGACCUGCUGUUGGAUUGGCUGUGAAGGCCAUCCCAGUGACAUCCCCCAGCCAGCCAGGCUGGGAGGUGUGAGACAGACAGCAGUGAUCUGUGUCAGUCCUCUCCUGGUGACACUGACACACAGAAGGAAUUCUGCCACCACAGAAUUCCCAUUCUGCUGGCAGAGCCCAGGCAGCACAUGGGAGCAUUCCUGCCCUGAACCUCAGCUCACAGCCAGCCCGCAGCUGCUCCAUCUCCCACUAGCCCUGGAGUUCUGUAUGGGAAAGAGGAUACAGUGGUAAAUGUGAGAAAGGCUAAUCACUCUGGCUAAUUACCAAGAGAAGCAAUGACUUUAAAGCCCACCAGUGUCUUGGCUGUGAAGACUCACUCAUGCAUGGGAAGAAGGUAUCUGUAU